GAUUGUGCCACCACCCUUGUCACACUGCCAUGGCUGACAGCAGCAUAGUUACUUUGGGGAUGGCUCGGAGCCUGCUGGUGGACUCCUCUGUGUAUGACUCCAGGAUGGCUGAGACUACUAAGGAUGUAUUCCUGGGUUUGGGUUCUGAAGACAUGGAAGGCAAGAGUUUCACCCUUCUCUCAAUCAGUGUGAUAUUAACUGCCUUUUACCUGAGGCUGUCACUCAAAACAGGAAAGACUUCUUUUUAUGAUUGCUUUCACAUUACCUUUGAGAUUCACUGAGCCCUUGGUCCUCUGUAUUCUCUUGUAGAGAUGUUACCUCGGGUCGAAACCAGAGUCGUUCUUGUAGGAGAAGCUGGCAAAAAUGGAGCACUUGUCAAAGCACUGCAGGUACCGUGCCCAAAUGGUUUGAGCCCAGUUGUCAUUGUGGAAACAUCAUUGCAUUAUGGUUUGUUUGUGAUUAUUAUGUUUUUAUUUUAAGGAUAAUGAGUAAAGUGAGUCAAUACACCUGCUCUUUCCUUGACAUAGACUAUCCAGGUGAAAGCUAUGAUUCCUUAUUGAUGCCACCUGUUAAAUCCACUUCAAUCUGUGUAGAUGAAGGGGAGGAGACAGGUUAAAGAAUGAUUUUUUUUUAGCCUUGAGACAUGGAUUGUGUAUGUGUACCAUUCAGAGGGUGAAUGGACAAGACAUAAUAUUUGAGUACUUUUGAACGGGGUAUGGUAGUAAGUGGCAGGCGCACCAGUUUGUGUCAAGAACUGCAACGCUGCUGCGUUUUUCCACACUCGACAGUUUCCUGUGUGUAUCAAGAGUUGUCCACCACCUAAAGGACAUCCAGCCAACUUGACACAACUGUUGGAAGCAUUGGAGUCAACAUGGGCCAGCAUCCCUGUGGAAUGCUUUCGACACCUUGUAGAUUCAUGUACCGACAAAUUGAGGCUGUUCUGAGGGCAAAUGGGGGUGCAACUCAAUAUUAGGAAGGUGUUCCUAAUGUUUUGUACGCUCAGUGUAUGUCAUUACAAAUAAAUGUAGGACUAAUAUAGGCUAGAUACUUAGACAUUUAGCUUUUUAAAGAAAGAUUGUGCUUCUGGGGUCUUUACAUCUGCACUUGGAGAUACGAAUUGUUAAUACAGGGUGUUGGAGUGAUAUUAGGCAGACUACUGUUUCCUAGAGAUGGUACAACGGCUUAUAAAUACGGGGAUUUAGAUUUGUUUACAGCUUAUGGCCAUUGGUUGGGUUCAUGCAACAUAUCUUGUCCUCUUGGCAAUCAUAUAAUUUAGGUUAACUAUCUACUCUCAUAAGGAUUUAGUGAAGUUUUUGGAGUUUUGAGGGUGGAUUUUAAAUGUGUUUUGAUAGAAAAGGGGGAAAUUACCUAGGCCCACGUUCCAUUCAUUUAAUUGAUGUCUGAAAGUUGUCAGACUGUAUCCAGAGAGAGAGGGUGAGCUUGGGCCAAGAUUAGAAGAAUCUUGCCAAUGUUCUCCAGUUAAACUUCAGACCGUGUCCUGUCUAUGGCCUUUAGAAAACGAUUACUGUCAUGAUGAAAGCAGGACGGGAGACAUGUCUGUAUGUGUGUGGGGGAGGGGAGUGGGACAGAUGUGCUUUGUCUGUGAACGUGAAGCAGCGGCACAGACCUAAACUGUAGGAAUAAAACGGGUUCACCCUUGAACGCCGAGAAGCUUUUAGAUCUCAAGGCUUCUUUAAAUGAUCUAUUUUGUGUGCCAAUAUGUAGUAUUGGCACAUCCACCGACAGCUUAAUCAGAGGGGGAAGUCUGCUGAGUGAAUCGACAAAAAAAGUCGACCUGCUGCUUUGAACUUUAUUAAUUUAGCAGAACUUUCCCCCCGGAUAGUGUUUGACAUUUGUUUGAAGUCCUUGCCUUCUGGGUUGCAAUGACACAGGCCCGUUGUUCAGAGAAUUUGUCAUUUUGGUGUCACCAGCUUGAGGUCAAUGAUUCAUUUUACAGGCUGUCAAAAUAAUGGAAGUCCCGGUGGUUAAGAUUAGAGGAGGAGAACCGGGUGCUGAGUCCGGAGAGAAAUUGAUAAAAUCUAUAAUCAAUAUGGUAUGUCUUUUUUCGGACUGGGAUUGUGUUGCAUGCUUUAAUCCACCAAGGGGGGUCUCUUUGCAUGGGAAAUCUCAGGGUGAUUGGCGUGCAACUGCAGCAGUAUCCUCACAAUUAUUGGUAAAUGUCACAGAUUUAUACUGUUAACACCUGGGGUCCAAGCUUAGAUGCCUCUAACAAAAUGAUCUAACACGUUCACACUGUUGAUUCCUCUGAUGUAUGGUGGCAAUAAUUCUGAGGGGAUUAUGCAUUUUAUGAAUACGGUUUACAGGUAUCAUACAUAAUUUCUCUCUUCAGCUUAAUGAUCUCUGAUUUAUUUAGGCUGUGUUCUUGAUUCAAAUUCUGCCCGACUGAGUUUAGUGAGUUAAAUCGAUUUAAUCGAAUCAAAAUAACACUAUCUGAGUGAGCACUGGAAAUUGUUUCAUGCGGCAUUGAGCAAUGUCAUGGUGUGCGUCAGUCUGUGUGUCUGCAAAUUAAUGAACGGCUUUCAAGUACCUGAACUUCAAUGUUUACUGUUUGCUCUAAACUCCACUAAAUGUGCUUUAAAUGUAUCACUCAUAUUGCAAUAUAAUAUCAUGAUUAUCAAAUUACUCCUUUUUAUAUGAAAGAGCUGCUUGUGUGUCCCUACUCUCAUUAACAGUGACCUUUUUAAUCCAAAGGAUAUCAACGUGCCUUGCAUAAAGACAGACGAUGUCAAAGAGUUUGGAGACGGAGAAAACACAGAGUUUGAGACGGUAUUCGUGCUCACAGACUUUGCCUCUCCUGACUACAUCUAUCUUUACAAACAUGACAACCGGAUCGUGGGCCCCCCGGUUGUUCUGCACUGUGCGAGACGAGAGGAGGUAAGGACAGGAGAAAAUCACUCCUGAAAUAUACUCACUCACUCGGGGAUGGCACUUGCAGUGCUCGGCUAUGGAUCACUCCUCGCCCGUUCAAGAUCUGAGGUUUUGACUGUUAUGGUGCAAUUUAGCAUCUGCCUGCAACGGGAGAUGAAGUUAAACAUGGUGGAAAAGUUGUGCUUUCAAGUUAAAUAGAUUUAUAUGAUGGUUUUGAUUGUUCCCGUGAACCCUGAGAAAUGCAUCACUGUUGUCUGGGUCUAAACAGAGCACCUGUUCAACUCAGCCAGAUUACUGGGGAAGAUGAACACACCACUGGCCACAGAUCAUUGCAAACCUUACCAGUCACCUCUCUAAGAUUAACGUAGAUCUAUGGAGGAAUGCAUCACAGCUCUAAAAACUGAAAAGGCUUAAAAUAUGGCUGUAUUCAGAAUGAGAAAUUGUCUCUGCAUCUAUCCCCUUAUCUACCGACCCUGGUAACUUGGAGAUCAGCAGAACACAAACGUACAGUGCCUUCGGAAAGUAUUUAGACCCCUUGACUUUUUCAAAAUGUUGUUACGUUAGACUUAUUCUAAAAUGGAUUAAAUCAAUGUUUUUCCUCAGCAAUCUACACAAUACCCCAUAAUGACAAAGCGAAACGGUUUUUAGAAAUGCUUGCAAAAUUAUUAAAAAUAAAAAAAACAGAAAUACCUUAUUUACAUAAGUAUUCAGACCCUUUUCUAUGAGACUCGAAAUUGAGCUCAGGUGCAUCCUGUUUCCAUUGAUCAUCCUUGAGAUGUUUCUACAACUUGAUUGGAGUCCACCUGUGGUAAAUUCAAUUGAUUGGACAUGAUUUGGAAAGGCUCACACCUGUCUAUAUAAGGUCCCACAGUUAACAGUGCAUGUCAGAGCACCAAAUACAGGUGUGCCAUGCUUGUAGCGUCAUACCCAAGAAGACUCGAGGCUGUAAUCGCUGCCAAAGGUGCUUCAACAAAGUACUGAGGAAAGGUUCUGAAUACUUAUGUAAAUGUGAUAUUUGUUUUUUAUUUUUAAUACAUUUGCAAACAUUUCUAAAAACAUGUUUUUGCUUUGUCAUUAUGGGGUAUUGUGUGUAGAUUGAGGAUAAAAAAAAUGAUUUAAUUAAUUUUAGAAUAAGGCUGUAACGUAACAAAAUAUGGAAAAGGUCAAGGGGUCUGAAUACUUUCCGAAUGCACAUACUUGCACAGGCCUUUCAUACAGCUUUGCUACUGACCAGUAAAGAACCCCCCCCCCCCCAAAAAAAAAAUGCAGUGAAGGAAAUAGCAGAGAUUUCUAAGCACCAUAUUGUUUGUUUUUGUUUCCCACAGCCCCUGCCAUUUUCCUCUCGUCCUCUUUACUCUACCACCAUGCUCAACUUGUCACUGUGUUUCACAGGCUUCCGCAACAAAGAGGAAGUUGUAAGUGGAAUGUGUUCAAGCUGAUUGUGUCAUUAUUUGUAACACUACAAAGUAACAACAUGUCGGUUUUGUUUGCUAUUUUAAUGCUAAGAGAUAUGUGUUGGUGCCAAAUGUCACUCACUGCCUUUAUCCCCUGCAGAAAAACCUGGUGAAUCUGGUGCAUCACAUGGGAGGCACCAUUCGGAAGGACUUCAGCACUAAAGUCACCCAUCUCAUUGCAUACUCUACUCAUGGCGAGAAAUACAAGGUUUGUAAAACAGCCCUUUCCUCCCAUCUGGAAGAGCUCAUGUAUAGACCUAAUCCAUGUGAUUUAGUUCUCCUCAGGGAGUUGCUGUUGUUGGAUUCUUUUCUUCCCCACAUGACAUUUUACUUGCUGUCUGAAGUUUUCGUUUUUUUGAUUCUCAGUGGUUCUGUUGGCUUUUCUCCACAUCGCUUCAUUUUCUCAACUGAAAGCUCAACUUGUUCAGUGUUUUGCUCCAGCACUUUAAACAGGAAAAGUAGCCUAGCUCUCUUAACAGACACACUGAGCCAUUUUACAUUGGAAAGUGUCUUACUGUUUAACAGAGUACAAGAAUGAGAGCAGUUUCAAUACACAUGCCUUUUUUCAUCCCUGGUUUUGAAGGAGCUUUUUAACUCUUGCAGUACCCGGCACAUAGCCUACAUCUGUUGUAAAAGAGGGCCAAACACCUCAAUCCUCUUUUGUAAAGAGUAGAUAGUUAUCCUAAUUAGGGUUGGGCGGUAUCUAGAUUUUCAUACCUUCAUACCGUUUCUGUACCAUACCGGGCACAGGAGGCUGCUGAGGGGAGGAGGGCUCAUAAUAAUGGCCGGAAUAGAGCAAAUGGAAUGGCAUCAAACACCUGGAAACCAUGUGUUUGAUACCAUUCCGCUCCAGCCAUUACCACAAGCCCGUCCUCCCCAAUUAAGGUGCCAGCAACCUCCUGUGAUACCGGGGUAUACAGUAUUACCGGCAGUGCACACAAGGGCUUUCUUUCCAAUCGUAAAAAAAACACAACGCACAAAACAAAUUUAGGCAGCAGGGAUCUUGAUCCAGGAGGGGUUUGUCUCUGCUGUAACCAAGAAGCUUGUCUUGCAAGUUAGCAAACCAAAUGCAUAGCUGGAACCCUGAGCUGGAGAUAAUUUAUUUGGCACAUCUUAGAUAGUUAACUUAUAGUUAUAAGCAGUGGCCUAGCACGCAUUCCACCCACCCAAGCUUUAGGGUGCUCCCCCCAAAAAGGGGCAGUAUUGAAAAUCGUACAGUCUGUAUUUCAAAAUACCCCGGUAUGUGGUAUGUACGGUAUACCGCCCAAGCCUAAUCCUAAUAUGACAUACCUCUGUGUCUCCUCUAGCUUGCUGUGUGUAUGGGGACACCCAUCCUCACCCCAACAUGGAUCCAUAAGGCCUGGGAACAUAGAGAUGAUGUGUAAGUACCUCCUCACGCGCCAGACAAUGGCCAAAGCCAACUGCAUGCCCAGUCCUCAUUGUGGUCUUCACAUUCAUGUUUGUACAUCAACGUAUACUAUUAUGUACAUGUAUGAGGGCUAACAACCACCUGUUCUUACAGUAGUUUCCAUGCUGGAGAUGAAGAGUUCCGCACUGAGUUCAAAGUUCCCCCCUUUCAAGACUGUGUGCUGAGCUUCCUGGGCUUCUCAGACGAAGACAAGACCAACAUGGAGGAAAGGACGAUCAAACAUGGUAUUGGCCUGAGGUCUUACUUUUUCAGUAUUUUAUUUUUUGUCCCUUCAUAUGUUAUAUCUAGGCUUUACAAAAGCUACUCUGCAUGCACAUUAUCUUCCCUUCUAUUAUGGAGUACUUUUUGAGUUUUUAAAACUUUGUGUUUCUCCAAGGUGGCAGCCACCUGGAGGUUGGAGAUCAGAAGUGCACUCACAUGGUGGUGGAGGAAAACUCUGUCAAGGAGCUUCCAUUUGUACCAUCAAAGAGACUUUAUGUUGUCAAGCAGGAGGUGAGCACUUCAAUGAAGUAGAUGUCAGCAUACAUCACCGAACCCGCGGGAGGCAGACAUAAACAUAAAACAUUUCCCCAGAUCAACAGUGUGUCUGACUGAAGCAUAAUACCUCAAAUUCAUGCAUUUUAUGCGCCUCAAAUUCAUGAAUUUUCCUAAUACAUUGGCAUUGUCAAGUCUUGGAAAAUGAGCCUUGUUAUUUUCUUCUAAAGAGUAUGUCAAAUUAGCAUUUCUAUUUAAUGCUUUUGGUUGUAUUGAUUGUAUUGAUAAACUCUUGCCUCACUUGAAUGAUCAAUAUUUUAUUUUCCUUUUAACUAGAAAAGUCAUUUGAGCAGAGAUAGUGAGCACUGGUGUUCCCCACCUUGUAUCAAUACUCUGUUUCUUUGCCUGUUUAAGUGGUUCUGGGGAACCAUACAGAUGGAUGCCCGAGCAGGAGAGUCCAUGUACUUCUAUGAGAAGGUAAGUUCUGUCUGUGAGUCAAUCUGAUUCAUCCUCCCAAUGCCCUUACACAAACCUCUAUACAGUGGAAUGGACACUGCUAAGAAUCUAUAAGCUGUGUCGCACACAUCCUCACGAGUCUCCCUCUUUGGAUUGAAGUGAGUUCAGAAAAUAAAAUACAAAUAUUUUUCACAUACAAACUUUACUUGUCUGAACUACGAAUCAAAAAAGCUCCCCAAAAAUAGUAUGGUCCCUGUGAUAGAAUGUUUAUUUUGAUUGGCAAUAUUCUGCAUUUUUCAAAUUCCAUGUCUGGAUUGUAAGAGAAAGUGUUCUUGCAAAGCAUGUUAACGUUUAAUCAAACUAUUAUAUAAGUCUGAGUAUUCACAAUUGUAGUAUUGUGUGCUUGCAAACGUAGUCAGUAGACUUCCAUGUUUACACUUAUAAGUGUAAUUGCUUUACAUGUGCAAACGGAUGAUUAAAACUAGGUGAAAUUAUGGCUUCGCAAGUCUCGUUAUCACAAUUUUGAACAUCUCCCCUCCAGAACUUAAUAGAGCAUCUGACCAAAAUACGUGUGAUUCUUUUUUUUUUUUUUCUGGUUUUCCUUUUUACACACAUUUUUCUCCAUAUACCCUCAUCUGACAUGCCCAUGAUUCUGCUACUCUCAGAUGGACAGUCCUGUGAUGAAGAAGGCUGUGUCCCUGCUGUCCCUCAACACACCUAACAGUAACCGGAAGAGGAGGCGUCUGCGGGACACCCUGGCCCAGCUCACCAAGGAGACCGAGAUCUCCCCCUUCCCUCCACCCCGCAAGAGGCCUUCUGCCGAACACUCCAUGUCCAUGGGCUCUCUGCUGGACAUCUCAAACACCCCCGAGACCUGCAAGGCCCUGGCAGGUGAGAGAGGAGCCACAGUCACUCAUCAGCCACACAUGUCAUGUCACAAGGCUGGUAACACUGGGUGUUAGCCCAUCAACGGUGGUUAAUAAACUCCUCUAGCCUCGUUAAAAGUUAAUGCAGGCAAAAACAGACAGGGAUUAUAGCAUCAUUAGUGUCUCGUGUCAGCUGAAAUCAGGGCCCUGUCAUAGACUGAGGAGACGGUCACUGCUUGUUGCAGGGGGAGGCAGGAAGAACCAGCACGCUCUGCUAUUCUGUUUGAACCACCCCCCCUGUCUUUCAGAGCACAGUGUAGAGAGCAGCAGGUGUAGGAGGCGCUGUGCUAAGGCCAACAGGCAGAGCAGGAUGAUGAGGAGGAGUGCCAGGGAGAUGAGGAGUAGGGGGACAAAGAGUAGCCCUUCCACUGCACUAGCACCCCCACCCUUCAGCAGGAAGCAGGGACCCCAGAGGCCCCCAAGGGUCCUCAGGACAGGGAGGGUGUCCCCAUCCAUCCCAGUCCCCGGCCACAGCGAUUGAGGAAACUUCGUGGGUGGACUCGUCACAGGAGUCAGUCUGUCUCAGCGAAUGCCAGGAGAAGACAGGUCACUCAGUUGAACUGUCACUGUGGGGAAAUCCGAUUUGGCAUGAUAUUAGAAAUUAAAUAAGAAUGUUUUUAGAGCUGUCUGGAUGAUCAAAGUGGUGCAACAGCAAGAAUAGUAGGUUGAGCGUUAAAGCCUGGAGAGUUGAGGAUGAAAUUAUAUGAAGGGAUGGGAUUAUAUGAAAUGCAUUUAGUUGCAUUCUGGAGCUAUUCUCACUAGCUAAGAUAAAAGCCCCAAGUCUUCUGCAGAGUAGCCUUCACUUUGCAUGUCAGAUAAAAUACUUUUCAGAAUCUCAAUUUUCUAAACUAUGAGACACGCAGGAAGUCAAAAUAAGUACAGAAGUUGUGGAUAGUCAAAGAAAACAUGUUUUUCCCCACUGUCUCAAUCAAUAUUCACCUCUUGACCAUCUCUGGCUCUCUUCCAGAACAUUCCCGGCCCCUGAAGAGCUCUACACCUGCUGUCCUGAAGCAGUCGGCUAGAUGGCAGGUCUCCAAGGAGUUGUACCAGACAGAGAGCAACUAUGUGGAUAUUCUCACCACAGUCUUGCAGGUUUGUUGCUGCUACUGUGGAUGUUGGUCUCACUUAGCACCUCCGGGGCUGCUAGGGUCCUAAUCAGGCUGUCCCACUGGUGCCUGAGUCCAGUGACCAGUGGGAGAGAAAUUUUUAUAGGAUUGUGCGCGUCAGGACUGUCAGCUAGCCAGGCUCCCACUCACCCUGCAGGGCUCUCUGCUGCUCAUCGUCCCAAGCCUCAGGCCUGUCCUCAUCUCAUCUCCCUACUCUGCUAGCUAUAGCAUUACUAUUAUACCAGUAGAAUGACCUUGUUCAGCAAACCUCACUACCAUAUUUCGUAAACGGUGUAGUGUACCCUCUACUUUCUCCCCUACAUCACCUUGUGUUCUCUUUCACCGAGACCCACGCCCACUAACCCCCACUCGUAUGCAGUCACCAGUAGUGUCCUCUCUCUGUCCCAUGCCCACUACACCAUGCCAGCCUAGGAGACAGAUGGCCGGCUUCACAUUGGAUGGUCUUUAACACUGACUGCUGACCCCAUGUCCACUGACCUCUGAAGUCAGCCCAUGAACUGGCCUGCCAAGAAGUGGGCUUGAAUACCAAUUAUCCCAUUAUGAUUCACACAUGUUGGGCGCUUGUUAAAAUGUAUUUUUAUUAGAACAAAAGGUAAUUCCAGGCCAUCUUGAGCCUUUUUAUUAUAUUUGUUACAGAGAAAGCUGAAUAGCGCUUUUUAAUGGGAAUAAUGUAUUGUAGUUUAUCAGGGGACCUACUUUCACUACUGUUUGUGAGUUUUCUAUGUCUUUGAUAAGAUGAUGGGGAGGCAGGGUGGCCUUUUAUAAUGAAUACAUACCUGCACUCUAAAAGGAUUAUUAUCCUCCCCAGUGUUGAAAAUAGAUUUUACUUUCUACUUUUUAUAUCAUUCUCAUAGUACUAUUCAGUCUGAAAUAGUGAGUACCAUCUGUAUUGGGGUGUGUGUAUUGGUUAAGGGAAUAGUGGGCUAACAUUGAGUCUCACCUGAAACGUCUGUUCCUUUAGCUGUUCAAAGUCCCCCUGGAAAAGGAAGGCCAAGUUGGUGGACCCAUUUUGGCUCCGGAAGAAAUCAAGACCAUCUUUGGCAGCAUCCCAGAGAUCUAUGAUGUACACACCAGGAUAAAGGUGGCCACUUCUCUCCUUGAAAUGUCCCAAGAUGACCUGAACAAGAGUUUAAUCUGCAGUGAAGUCACCUAAACGCCCUUUGUGUCUCUCUGCUUAUUGGGUUAAUGUGACAGGCCGAUUUGGAGGAGCUGGUGAUGGACUGGUCUGAGGACAAGAGUGUCGGGAACAUCAUUCUCAAAUACGUGAGUGCAACAGGCCUUUGUUCUGAAUGUUCUAUUGAGCCAUUUUGGACAUUCUGAUUCAGUUCCUUCCUCUCUGUCUGUCUGUCAGUCUAAAGACCUGGUGAAGGCUUACCCGCCAUUCGUCAACUUCUUUGAGAUGAGCAAGGAGACCAUAGUGAGGUGUGAGAAGCAGAAGCCAAGGUUCCAUGCUUUCCUCAAGGUACGUGACCUCUGAGACAAUGUACAUUUGUGUAUACAUCCAUGUGAGUGUAGGUGUAGAAGUUACCAUAUGCCUCAUGCUAAAGGUCAUUCAUUGCUUGUCUCUUUAUGUACAGUAAGCUUGGAGGAAACUGCUCGGUCUGUGUUGUGGGUGUGAGUGAUUGCCUGUGUGUGUGAGUAAGCUGCAACAUGUCUGUCAGGUCUCCUCCUGCUUUAAGAGCAGUGUUUUCUUGCCUCAAGAUCAAUCAGGCGAAGCCCGAGUGUGGGCGGCAGACGCUGGUGGAGCUGCUGAUUCGCCCUGUGCAGAGACUGCCUAGCGUGGCCCUACUCCUCAACGGUAGACUACACCACGCACACACGACAGCCAAAUCUUGACCAACAUGCUACAUAUGUGGCAUGAUAGAAGUACUAAUUAUAAUGCAUUCUCCUCACCUGCAUAAGAAGAGAGUGAUUGAUUUCCAACUGAAAUGUCACAUAGGAAAUAAAGAUAGAUGCUCCUUGCCUUUAUCCACAGUUUUGUUAUAAAUCUGUCGGUCAUAUCAGUUGUUUGCCCUUGACUUUUUUCACUAUUCUAUCAAUUAUAUAUGUUAAUGUCCAUUGACCCAUCUAUCUUGCAGAUAUUAAGAAACACACUGCCUGUAACAACCCUGACAAAAUCACUUUGGAGAAGGCAAUCGAAUCACUCAAGGAAGUUAUGACGUGAGUCAACUGUGCACCGCCGGCCAUGCAUGAAGCAUUUAGUUGUAAUUAAGUUAAAGCCUCAUCCAUUAUCCAUGCAUUUGCAUAAAGUUAUUGUAGCAUCAGUUGGUUAACUGAAUUUAUUUUACCCCUCAGUCACAUAAACGAGGACAAGAGGAAAAUAGAGGGACAGAAGCAGAUCUUUGAUGUCGUCUAUGAAGUUGACGGCUGCCCUGUAAGUUGUUUGUGCAUUUCUUCACUGGAAUGUUGCACGCUUUGUUGAGGCUCUAAUCUGUUUAUGGCUGUUCUCCAGCACCAUAACGGCCAGGCCUAAGCGUUCAGGCUGAUAUCCCUAUUUAUUUCACCUAAUUUCCAUGGGAUGCAUUUUUCACACUGUUCACUGCACAUUUAUAUCUUGUAAUGCAUGGCUUAUUGCGCUGGAGUCAACUUGAUAACGUGUGUGUGUGGACAGAAUUUAUGUAGAGCUGUGUGUAUGUGUGAACCAAACUAUUUUUCUGUGUACUGAAGUCCUCUUUUGAGGUGAUUAUAGUGGAGAUGAGUUGAUACUAGAGGGAGUGAAUUAGUACACCUUUGGCUCUGGGCUGUGAGUAGUAUAGCUUUGUUUAUCUGGAUUUGGAAAGCAGAGCAUCCAAAUGAAUAAACAUAGUUGAUAAGGUUUUAAAGGAAUAAUGGGACUGGAAAUGAAAAUUCCUACAUCAGCCGUGCAGUGAAAUUACCAAUCUGUAGAGUUAGACCCAUUAAUACCAAAUAUGGUGCUUUAAAGGAGGCCUGUGAUUGAAUAAUGAAGCUCUCUCUGGUGGCCAUGUUUAUUUAUUCACAAAUGGCUGCUGGAUGUCUUUGGUUGUGUGAUAUUCAUCCCAUCUCCGCUCUCUCUCUCUCCCUCCCUCCCCCCAGGCCAACCUGCUCUCGUCCCACCGCAGCCUGGUCCACAGGGUGGAGACCAUCGCCCUGGGAGAUAAACCCUGUGACCGAGGCGAGCACGUCACACUCUUUCUCUUCAACGACUGUCUUGAGGUAACGCCCACAUCAAUGAAAUAAUACCAAAAGUGAAAACCCGCUCAUCUGGCACUCCAGGCAGGCUCAAUGAAAAAUUAUUUGAAAUAAAAUAGAAAUAGAGUAUUUGAACCCUGGUCUGGCCCACAUGUCACUGUAUUGACUAGUGAUGUCCCAGACAUGGCUUUAGAUGUUAUAAGUUUACAAUACACCCAAAACGCUCUCCAAGUUAACGUUAUUGUGCAUUUCAGAAUAUCUUCCUGUCCUCUAUCCCCCCCACCCCCAUUAUGAAGUCUUUGGGACUUGCUAAGAAAAUGCAAAUUUAGUAGCAAGGAGCCCCACUGACUGAUUAUAUACGGGUGUGCAAUCUAUCGUUGCUGACGCAGCUUCUUAUCUGGCUCCUAAUUAGUGAAGUGUUGCAUUAGAAUGGGGGUUAGCAAUCAAACCCAGAAUGGGUGCGGGCGAGGCGGCCUGAUUCAGGAGAGUCAGAGCAGCCUGGUAAUGAGCAUGGGGAGAGCAGGGGCUGCACUCUUCAAUUAUUAAUUGAUUAACUCCUCUGUAUUCAUAUCUCCCCUACCCCUGAUAGAUAUCACCCUGCCUUCAUGGGACAGACCCAACCCCCGCCCCAGCCCCCACACCGGCCAGUGAAACACAUGCUAAUGACUGGGACCGUUUACCUUUUAUUAAAGGCCCUAUCGAUUUGUCACAGCUUAACCACUACCACCCUCCCCUGACACACACACUGGGGAGAGAGUUUAUAGGUAGGGGUGAAGGCUUGAGGCUUCCCUACUUCAACUGUGUCUAUUUGCAGAUUGCCCGGAAGAGACGUAAGGUGAUCAGCACAUUCAGGAGUCCUCUGGGCCAGACGCGACCUGCAGCCCAACUCAAACACAUCACCCUCAUGCCUCUGUCCCAGAUCAGGAGGGUCCUGGACCUGCAGGAUACAGAGGGUGAGUGAGCCCCAGCCCUUGGCAUGUUCUCUACCUACCUAUCAAAACCUAUCAAAUCAAAUGUUAUUAGUCACAUACACAGUUUACAGCAGGUAUAAAAGGAUGGAGAGAUAUGCUAUGUGCUAGCUCCCUCAAUGCAGUACAUCAGACAGUAAUAAUAAUAAGUCAAGUAAAACAUGAUAAAGAGGUCGUAUGCAUAGUAAUAAUGGACUGUUACACUGUAUCUAGAAAUAUAAAGUGGGUAGGGUCUUGGUCACUCUAUGGAAUACAUAGUAUAUAAUAGAACAGCAGCGUUGACUGUGUGUAUAUAUGUGUGUGAGAGUUCUGAGUGCGCGUUUGUGUGUGUGUAAGGAUUGGAUGUGUGGGUAGUCAAUGCAAAUAAUCUAAGGUGCCGAUAAUGAGUUGUAAAUAGUCUCUACGGUGCAGGUCUGUGGAGGGAGACGGCUAGGGUUAACUGUUCAGCAGUCUGAUGGCCUGCUUACCUACCUACCACAUUGCUUAACAUCCAUUACUAAGCAACAGGACCACUCCUUGUUUGUGCUUCUUUUGGGUUGGUACACAUUCCCUGAGCAGGUGUAUUUCUCCAUUCUGUCCUCUUAAUUUCCCCUGGAUCCUUUUCCCUCUUUUGGGAAAUGUUAUUAAUAAGCGUACUGGAAAGCCUAAUAUUUAGAGUCAACAGCGACAGUCUGAAAUGACAGCCCAGACAUAAUCAAGCAAACAUCUCUCCUCUCUCCCAAUAGCAGUGACUCAGCUUGUGUUUGGCCUUGUAAUGGAGCUGCUAGGUUUAAUUUCACUGUCAAUAUGUACUAUAAUUACAACCAGUGUAUGUUGAUACAUACCGAGAUGCCCCUCUAUGCAUCUUAAAGAGAAAUGGGAUGCAGGUUUGGCAACAAUUAGUUUGGCCAGCUAGACUAUUUACAUUUUGGAGAGGUCCAAACCUGGCUCAUUUCUCUCUCUCUAUCCCUCUCUCCCCUGUUUCGCUCUCUCUCUCCCUAUCCCUUUCUCAGAUUGCCAUAAUGCCUUUGCCCUGGUUGUGCACCCGCCCACGGAACAGGAGAAUCUUCUCUUCAGCUUCCAGCUGACCACUGAGGACACGGUGAAGUCAACCUGGCUGAAGAUGCUCUGUCGCCACGUGGCCAACACCAUCUGUAAGGCUGAUGCGGUGAGAGAGGCAGAGUGAGACAGUGGUCCACGAUGGGUUGGGUGGGAGGGCUCCUUCUGAGAACACAGGCUGCAACACGUUGCCUGUCUGUCUGCUCGUCCUCUAACUAACACAGCCAGACUGGCCGGCGCGACCAAGGCAACCCUCACCGGUCUGGUGUCCUCGUGCAGAACACGGUGUCUGGACUCUUUAGAGGUUGAUGAGGACACAAAUGCAAUUAUUUAAAUAUUUGGGCCCGUUUUAGUACACUUACAAAUUAUGUUGCGUGAGAGGCCUUUUUGGUCAUUGCAAUCCUAUUCAAUUGUCCUCUGUGGUUAAACUGGAAGACAGAUUAAUGGAAUUAGAAGUGGAAUUGUACUAGAACUAACACUAAAGACAUAGAUUAGUUGUUUUAUCUCGCCUCCACAGGUCUUUUCACUGAUGUAGUAUUAGAGCUUGAAUGAGGAAGCUAACUAGUAAUUGGCUGCCGGAGACAGAUGUAUAUUUCCCAUCAUAAUUAAAAACGGGCAUAAGCUUCGGAGGUGAGCCCAGGCAGUCCCAGCUGUCAGGAGUGAGGUGUCCACUAGGUGGCGAUGUAAACCUCUACUAGGCUGGCCUUGCUAUCUUAAUUGAUUCACUGGCUCUCUCUGCACCAUGAAUACCAACCAGCUGCAUGUAAAAACGGACAACAGCUUCUCACCCUAUGCAGUUUGACAGCAAAGAAGAAUGGGCUGGAUAUUUAUUUAAACUUGUUUCUAUUUUAAACAGGAAGAUCUAAUUCAGUGCACUGAGCCUGACUCUGUCCAAGUGAGCACAAAGGAUAUGGACAGCACGCUGAGCAAAGCCUCUAGAGUCAUCAAGAAGACUUCAAAAAAGGUAAAAUGGGCUCCCAAUUAGCCCGUCUCUCUCCUGUAUUCCACACAAGCACAUGUUGGAUAUUGGACCAGCUGACUGUUAAACAGGGCUAUUUUGAGUCUCACGGUGGUUUUGAGUGUUUGUGUGACUGUUUAACCCCCAGGUAACGAGAGCGUUCUCCUUCACCAAAACACCCAAACGGGUGAUCCAGAGAGCCUUCAUGGCCAACAGCACCUCCGACAACAAGAGCCCUGGCCCCAGCUCAGAGAACAUGAGCCAUGUGGGCAGGAGUGCCACCCUGUCAGUAAGUUAAUCCAUCAAUUUACCCCAUCCACCCACCCACCCGUCUACUUCAAAUGUCCAGGCCUUGAACAAGGUUUGUCUAAUAAAGUCAAGAGGCCAAAGGGGAAUAGUACAAGAUAAAAGAGAUGGGAUGGGUACUCUAAUUGCACCAUGUACCUUGUUUUUCUCUGAAAUAUCAUUUUGUAGAGCUCUCCUAAGCAUAGUCCUAAAAGGGUUACAUAAUUAGGUGAUUGUUGACGUCUAUUGGUGAAAUUGUUGUUCUGCCAGUCCAAGCCAUUUUCUUUUUGACGGAAUGGCUGCGGUUUUCAAUUAAUGAUGACACAUUCCUGUUUGAACUUUUCUCCUCUUAUUCAGUUUAGCUAUUUAUUUCCUGUUGUUCUAACUGUGUCAGCAGUGAUGUCAGGCUUUAUUUUAUCUCCGAGUCUUUUUCUGACCUUCUCUAUACUUCCUUUUAUUAGAAUGGAAAAGAUGAAUCAUACAAUACUAAAUAUUUGAAGAAAGGUACUGCUCUCAAACUUUGCUAUUAAAAAUGGAUUUUAAGUGCACCUUGAUGCAGUGGUGGGAUAAGCAGAGUCUGGCCUAUGAGUUAACGGUGUCUCUCCCAUGCUCUGUGACUCUCCCCCAUGCUUUGCUCUGUGACUGUAGAUGGCCCGCUCCACCUCCACAUUCAACCUCAGCGGUUCCACCAAGAACUCUGCUGCUGCUGUGGUGCAACGCUCUAACUCCCUGGACCACCCACCCUGUCCCCGCCUCCGUGUUGCCGUCUGUAUUCACACCCCAGAUCCCAUCCCUAGUCCACCCUGCCCUGAGGAAACCCCACCUAAGCCCCAACCCACCCCCACCAGGCCCCCUUACUCUACUGGCCCCCCUACCUGGAGGGUCCCGUCCAAAGGGAUGCUUCCCCCUGGGGCCUGCAGGGACCUGCUGGUCCCAUCUUCUGACCCCCACAAGGCAGGCUGUCUGAGGCCCCGCAAAGAGACCCUCCUAUAGGCGGCUGACUGACGUGAGCAUCACUAUGCUAGGUUUAAUACCCCUUUUAACUCAAUGGGAUAGGUAGUGGCUCUCUCACUGACUAACUCUUCAUUCCUGGGCUGUGGUGGCACUCACUCUCCUGCUCUCUGUGAGCUCCCUCCUCCUGUCUUAUCUGCUGCACACCUCACUCACUCAGCUCCACUAAGAUCAGCCUGCAGCGCCGAGCAGAUGCUCACUUUAGCUUUUACAUAAGCCCUCUCAAUCCAUUUUGGUAUAGGGAGGAAUGUCUUACAGCAGUCACAGCAGCAGAUGAUUUGGUUAUGAUCUAUGGCCUCCAAAGCAAUAAAUGUUGUGGUGACAGUGAUUUUAAUUAUUCUCCCACUAAUUUAAUUAAAUAAAGGCAACAUUGUGCAGCAGUAUGCAUUAGUGUUUGGAUGGAGACUCCAGGCCUUUUGACAAUCUAUCACUGGGCAUUUGUGAAACACUGACACUGGCUUCAUGUGUGUCCUGACUCCUGUUCGGUCUAUCUUCGCUGUACCACUGCUAUUGAUCCCACGCCCUCAAAUUAAACCGUAAUGUCACCUCAAAUCUCAUUAACCUGACUGGGCCCUGUUGAAGUGAGAAUGUGUUAUGGUGGUUAUAGCAACAAGCACACAGUGAGAAGGUGCUGGUGCAUAAAUUGGGUUGCUAUUCAGGCUGGCCUUUCCUCUCACCCUGGCAUUAGUCGGCCGCAGCUUUACUGAAGGAGGAUACAUGAUACACGACGCGCACCUGUUUACGCUCCUACAUUCGUUAACACUCGGGUCUCCAUAGGGCAGACUCCUAAUGAGGGUGAAAUAUGUAUGCAUUUUAACCAGCCAGACCUUGUACUUCCCCCGAAAUCACCCUGCUUUUAUGCAGCAGCACCUUUCAUGUUGGCCUCCCCAAGUUGCCGCGGUAACAUAUAAUCAAGGUUCCUUUUCAAUAGAUCCGAUUCAUCCGCAGUAAUGAGCAGCACAUGGACGGAGAGAGGAAGCCAUGUCUUUACAACAUGGCAAAAUGUUGAAUGGUUUUGAAAGUUGGGCGGAGAAUAGUAAUAUUGUAUUGGCGUUACUUGCUCGAUUAGUUCAGUGCCAACAUUUGGCUAGGAAGGCAGACUGGCACUGGGGAAAGCUGAAUGUAAAAGUAAUUAAAUGAGACUUCCAUAUAAAACGACCUUGUAUCCUUCACAAAGCACUUCCCACAAGAUUGCUUUUGCGGCCCACGUGACAAUCCAUCUUCAUGUCGUGGCUUUUAAACGGUCCACCAGGAGUCACAGCGUGUACAUGUGGUCAGAAAGCCCUCAUGUUGAAUGACUUAAGUGCUCACUUGAGCGUUUGCUCAUCUCUAAUCCUUCAGUGUAACUCAUUGUCCUUAAACUAACACUCGAAGGGUCGUUUCUGUGUUGGAACCCAAUCAAUUUCCUAAUUUAAUUAAUGUCCCUGUCUCCUGUUCUGUUCCCUCCAGGCGAUGCACUCUCCCUCCAUGGUCAACCUGCCAUCCAUGUUUGAGAGGAAGUACCACACGUUCAGUCGCUCCACAUCCCACCUGUUCUGAUUGACUCUUAGAGGAGAGAAACCCAUCAAGCUGUUCUGCACUACUCACUGUAAUUCAAUUAGCUCACCUCUCCACAAUGUUACUACAGAUUGGCACAUCCUGUAAGCGUUUAAUGAACACAAGUUCAUACGGAUAAUGUCUGACUUGGAAAAUGAAAGAUAUGGAUACUCUUGUAUUUAGUGUUUACUUACAAUGUUGCAAGUUGACCUCUAGUGUCUUAGACAUUUGGGCACAUUUGAUUAACAUGUACAGAGGUACGAUAUUCACUGACAUAUUUUCUAUAUUUUUGUCGUAGAGGGAUAUAAUUCACUGAAUGAUUAGCCAAUAAAAGUGUUUUUGUUUUUUGGGAACAAGCCAGUUGGCUUCACUUACUAAAGUUUCCAGCUUUUAUAAAGCUCUUGGAAUGUUUUUACUUUUGAUACAAAUGAGCAGAAUUAGGGGAACAAAAGCAAACAUAAGCAUAUCUAAGUCUGUCUGUUUGCUGUUUUGUAAGUGAUUGUUUUUUAUGUUGUCAAGUGGGUAUGUUUUUAUGGGAGGGACUAAGGGGAUGAUGUUGCGUAACACUACAUUUAUUAUCCAGAAUCAUUUUAUAAAUAGUCUACAAAAAAUCAUUUAUUUUUCUCUUGCUAUUUGUGUACAUUUGCCUCUAUCCCUUUUGUCUGUCAUUAUCCGUAAUUGUUCUGAUUACCUCUUGGCAUAAUUGUCUUCCACUAUGUGUAUUCCAUACACUUCCACAUGUACAUGAUCCAAUGUUAAGCUUAUUUCUGGUGGUUUAUUCAGUUAUAGGAUGUUGUUCACGACUUCUCUUACCAACACACGAUGAAUGAAAAAAUAAAUAAUUCCCUCCAAUUAA